GUGCCUUGUGUGCUGUGUGGUGGUGCAGUGGAGCGAAUACACCCGGAGUCGAAGAGUCGCGGAAGGUUAACCCCGCUGUGAGACCGGAAGGGAACAAGCUAGUAAAGUGGGAAGCCCUCAUUAAGAGUAAAGAGUUUGUUAACAUUUCAUUGAACAAAAUGAAGCUGAACGCGAUCGUGGCUAUGCUUCUGUUGGCUUUAGGGCCUUUGGUCAGUGGCGAAGCUGUACAAAGCACCGCCAAGGAACAGAUUGUGGUGCACACACCACUGCAAAACUAUGAGCAACCGUCACUUCGGGAUUACGAUGAGUGUCAGGUGAAUCGUCAGAGUUGUGUAGAUAAUUGCGCCGGAAACGAGACUUGUGAGUCAGAGUGUCCACAAUGUCCGGAACUGUGGGAUGAGCCAUUGUUAGUGCAGGGCGUCAACGAUACAAACUACGUGGCACCUGCCCAGCCGCCCCUCAACACCACCAACAUCAUUCGUCUAACGAACGAGAUCAAUAACAUUAUCAACAACGAUAUACUUUCCCGCAAUGAGGUCAAUGUCAAGGUUCAUCAGAAUGUCUCCCAGGUGGGCGGUCGCUUUGGUCUCGGAUACAAUGAUCAGGGCUCCUGCUGCUAUGUGAUCCGACGGGAGAGAGAGUGCGACCACAAGGAGCACUGCAAGGAGGCCGCCCGUCACCGGGUCUGCGGCAAGCGUUGUCAGUCCCGCGUGAUGAUUGCCAAACGUGUGGUCCAAUGCGAGAAGGAUCAGCCAGAGGAGUGCCACGAGACGCUGGAGUAUGUGCCGGCUCACAAGCACAAGACCUCGGCAAGGGAUGGCCACAAUAAUCGUGGUGGGCGUAUGAGGCGUGCCAGCUGCCAGAGCUGUCUGGACUUGAGAUAUGGCGACAUAUUGCAAUACGGACUGCCUCCACAAUGCUACGGUUGCUUCCAGGGAUUUGCAGUACCUAUGAUGCCCAUGGCCAUGCCCAUGUAUUAUCCGCAAUAUUCCUAUAUGCCAAACUUUGGCUAUGAUAAUCAACCAAAAUACGAGCCGAAUGAUGAGGAUAACGAAAAGAAGGAGAAUGAAAUUGCCGCUGAUAAUGACGACAGUGAUUGGAUACUGGACUCUAAAAAAUGCCGAGGAUCCAAUGGAAAACUGGAGGAUUGCGUGGAAGGCAGUGGAGAUUUUGAAAGUCCCGUUGCCUUGCCGCCAGCGCAUUUGGAAAUCGGCAAGGACAACAACAACAACAAAGAAGACGAAGAUGAUGGCUACAAUGUGCCCGCCCAGCGACGUCGACGUCGCCGUCGCCAGAGUCGCCGUCAGUUUAUGCGCUCCUUAUACAGUCACCGCCAUGGUCGUCAUGGCGUUUGAGAUGAUGGACUGCAUCAACUACAUUUAAUAUGAUGAGAUUUCCUUAGUUCUACAUUCCAACUACAAGUCAUAUUCUUAAUCUAAUCUCGAAUUGUGGCGAAGCUGUUAUGAUUAGGAAAUUGAGAAUGUGACGUUUUUGCAAAUAAAGUUUUGUUUCGUUUCCACUUGAA